CAAUGUGUUUAACACGCAUGUUAUAAGGACUUGCAUGAUUUAAAUGCAGAUGACUGUAUCAAGUAGGGACUGAUUAAAAAAGGAAACACGUAACUUUGAUAAGUGUUUAUUUUUGUGCGCAGAAAAAAGACGCACGCGAUGGCUGCUAACAACAGUACGAUUCCAAGCAACGACACGCUUUCGCCCGACCACGAUGUCUUCAUCCAGGAAUGGAAUGACAAGAUGGCGCGCUUGAUGGUUCCCGCUACGGUUUACUUUUCUAUUAUUAUGGUUCUCGGCGUGGUAGGAAACCCAAUGGUGUGUUAUUACUAUGGCGCUAAGAAGAAAAUGACAACCAAUUCAUUCUUAAUCGUGAUUUUGGCCUUGUAUGACGUCAUCGUUUGUGCAAUAUUCAUUCCAUCUGAAAUCGCCGAUAUCGAGUUCUUUUACAAGUUUGAAAAUGAAUUCGCCUGCAAAGUUCUGCGGUUUAUGAACUACUUCGCCCAAAUAGGGUCAAUUUUUACUCUUGCUGUUAUAGCCAUUGACCGAUUUAAAAAGAUAUGUCGCUUGACUAAACCUCAGAUGGGAAUUCGAACUGCAAAGUUUGUGAGCUUAGGGAGUAUUGGGAUAGCUAUUCUAUUGUCUUGGCCGGCUCUUGCAAUAUACGGAUCGAUUCAAGUGCCCAUACCAAAUACACACGGCCUUGACCUAAUGGGGACGGACUGUACGUCCACCACAGCAGUCGCUUACCAGAAAUAUGUCUUGGUCUUUCACGGAAUCCACUUUGUUCUGUUUGUGGGGUUUUUGGUGGUUUUGAUAGUGCUGUACAGCAUUAUCGGGCAUACAAUUUUCAGCCACAAGAAAAGAUUAAUGAUGUACAAACCGAGAACAAAAAGAGCCCCGUUGUCAACUGAAGUUGAAACGUCUUUAACUGACUGCAGUCAUACGGCGGACGACAAGCUAAAAGGAAAUGAGAAAGGAGUAAUGAAAACGCUAGUUGCAACAAAAUCUCUUUUUCCAAAAAUUGAUCGACAUUCAAUCGAAUUUAAGAAAUCGACGAACGCACAGAAAGAGUCAGGCAUUGACAGCCAGGCAGUGAAAAUUACUCUCGUCAUGGUUAUCGUGAACAUUGUUUUCAUCGUCAGUUUUCUACCGUACUUCUCACUGAUUGUUUGGCGCAUCGUCAAACGCCAACACCAGACAGAGUUUCUGCCCGAUGCCGGUCUUGUUUGGUUUACGAUUGGGUCAAGGUCAGGGUAUCUUAACAGUUGUCUCAAUCCGUGGAUUUACGGAAUUUUCAACAGCGAUUUUAGACAUUUUUUCUUUGGUUGGUUGUGUAGGAAGCGAUGAAUACAUUAGAACAAAUAAUUAUUAUACUAAUAUUUGGUUCCAUUGAUUACAGUGAAUGACGUUAGACUGUUUUUUUCCUGUAAUAGGGCGACUAUUUGUCACCAAUACCUAACGUUGUGCGUUCGAUUGACUGAAAACCGAAUCUCAGCUGUAUGUGUAUACACCAUUUAAAGACGAUGCAUUUGCAUGCAACCUAUUUAUGCUAUUAAUAACAGAUAAGAAUAGUGUUGUGCUUUAUAUAUGGCAUUUACUAGUUUUUGUAUUAUUUUUUGUUUAAAUGCCGACUGGAAAUGACUGAAGAUACAGUGUAAACUUUAUUUCAA